GUUUUUGUUUUUAGAAAAAUUUGACAUUAAUAAUCUCAACUUUCACCCAUUUUCUCAAAAUAAUCCUAACUUAAAAUUAUUUUAGAAUAAUCCUUAUUUCCGAAAUAUCAUUUUUCAACAUAUUACAGACCUAAAACGGAUUAUUGUAGGCAAGAAAAAGAAAGUUUUGAUUAUUUUGAGAAAGUCCCCUCAAAAGUUGGGAUUAUUUUGGAAUAAUACACAGUUGAGAUUAUUUUGAGAAGAUGGGUGAAAGUUGGGAUUAUUCAUCCAACAGUUCAGUUUACAUAGAUUUCAUCCAACAGUUCCCUAAACUCCUCAGGAAUUGCUCUCUCCCUCCAACUCCUUUUCUUUACGGUUUCGAACCCCUAGAAUUUCCACCCUAUUUAAAGAAUAUUUCAUCAAUACAACGAGCACAUCCACAAAGUGAAGCUUCAAAACUUACGGCAGUUUCUUUAUUGUGGUUGAUUGGACGGGUUCUUCUUUCGCUCAAAGGAAACAGUUUCGGAAAUAUUUUCAGUGGAUCAACUCUCAUUACCCGGUCUUCUUUGAAAACGAGCUUUAUAUUGGUGGAAUUUUUGACGUCCCUAUCAUCAUUGGAGCUAGAACCCAGAAGAAACAACGUGUAUCUUUGGACCUUGCUGCCUCGCAUCUUUUUAAGAGGUUCCCAGGUGGUGCGUCGGCGGCGGUGUAGGAGUUCGUCGGCGGUUUCCAGGUGUUUUCACGGGGUGUUUUGGUGCGAUUUCCAGGGGGUUUUCAGGAUAAUUGAUCCAAAACAUGUUCCUGAAAAAUACGGCGGCAUCCCUCCUUUUGAUGGACAACAUGGGGAGAUCAGGGGAGGGCAUUUGGACAUUCCUCGUACAAGAAGGAAACGCGUUGAGUUCCAUUUUACAAAGGGAAGUAAAGUUACUGUUCGAUUUAAAGUUAUUGGAUGGGAUGUCUCUUAUGGUGCAAAAUUUGUGUGUACCGGAUGUCUUGAUGACGAACUAAAAUUUCAGACACUUCCCCGUGUAAUCCGUGAGUUUGGGUUUAUGCGGUCGGGAUGGAUGCCUUAUGAAGAAUUUGUAUUUGGAGAUGAAUCAGAUGGAAAGAUUGAACUCACCAUUCAGAAUCGUAGCUUCUCAACAAAAAAAUUGGUAUAUCUGUGUCGCAUCGAAGAAGAAUCCAAUGCUGCCUUAUCCAAGCCAGAUCCUUGUAACCAAAUAUUUCUCCCCAAACGAUAACAGGUGAUAAUGAAAAGGAAAUUUUGUCAGAAAGGACCUUUUAUAAUCCAAAAAUUGUGACAAAGGACCUUUUAAAAAAAAAGUUGUGAGACAGGACCCAAACCAGAUUUUUUGUUGUGAAUAGGGACCAAAACCCAUUUUCCGGCAGUCAAACUCAAUUCUCCGGCGUUGACCGGUGCGUGCACUGCACGUGACCCUUCAAAAAUGGAUUCCCCCACCCCCCAAAUUCCCCCCUAACUACCUAAAGAAAACCUUAAAAAACCCUCUAUUUCUCACUCCUCAUUGCUUCUCCUUCCUCAACAGUUCGAUAACACCACUACAUUCAUCCUGCAAAAACAUGAAAAGCUACCUAAAAAAACCUUCACCUGAAUAUUCUAUAAGCACAAGAGAAUUAAGUGUCGUAUAUUUUAACUUUUAUCGAUGCACUUAUGUAGUUCCUUCAUCUCCUUGAUCUCUCACAGUGGUGAGAAGCCUGCGGGCUGCUGUAUUGGUCUCUUGCCUCUGGAUUCUUACAACAGCAGCAUGAACUAGUUCAUCAUGUUGGCCCUGCUUGUGGGAUUUCAAGGUAAGUACCGAGAGAGCAUAUUCAUCUGGGGUUUCCUUUUUACCAUUACCAAUUUUCCUAAUUUGAAUCCUCUUAAAAGAAUGUGACCCGUAGAGUUGAUGAAUUUGCGCAGCAACUUCGGUGGCAUUGCAAACAGCUGUUAACGAGUCCUUUAAUGAAAUUCCAUCAAGAUUAACUCCAUUGUAGACCGGGGUAGCAAUCCGUUAUGAGGCCGUUAAUACAAAAUGCCCUUCCAGGUGGCUCUAAUUUAACUUAUGAACCCUAAUUUCGACAGUUCAGAAAUUGGAGGAAUUGGAUCAAAAAAAUUAGGGCUUUUACUCUUACCUAGUACGAAUUACAACGAAAAUCAAGGGGGAAGUUAUGAAUUAUUAUUUUUUUAACAGGAGGCAACGAAUUGAUGAAGAAGCUUGGAGCAGGUCAUGGAAACAGAGCAACGACGAGAGAGAAAAGGGGAAUUUUUUUGGUUAAGGUUUUCUUUAGGUAGUUAAAGGGGAAAUUGGAGGGAAAAAGUAUGUUUUUUAAGGGUCACGUGCAGUGCACGCGCCGGUCAACGCCGGAGAAUUGAGUUGACUGCCGGAAAAUGGGUUAUGGUCCCUAUUCACAAUAAAAAAUCUAAUUUUGGUCCUAUCUCACAACUUUUUUUUUAAAAGGUCCUUUGUCACAAUUUUUGGAAUAUAAAAGGUCCUUUAUGACAAAAUUUCCUAAUGAAAAUUUAUGAAGAAAAAUAUAUGAUUUUAAGUACAUUAACAAAAGUUUGUUACCUAAGCCGCUUCUCCCCUCUCUCCCUAUUUUCUCUCUCUUUUUAAGGUUUACAAAACUAGGGUUUUCUAGGGCGGAAAUAGCCAAUUUUCUUCGGAAAUUUGGUUAUUUCCGCCCCUUCUCUUUCAAUUAUGUUGUGUUUUUGCUUUAGAUCUCAAUAAAAAAUACAUAAUUUCAGUGUAGUAAGUACCCUAUAGUGGGUUUGAUUGUUUCAUUUUAGUAAGUACCCCUAUGGUGGGUUUGUUUCUA